AUGCUCGGAACACGGCUAGCAGGCUCAUUGUCACGGCUGGCAACCGCACGACCACCGCCAUGCCCCUGCCUCGCCCACACCACCCCGUUCCCCUCCCUUCGUUCUCUGCCUCGACCCCGAACACGGCCAUCGCAGCGGUUUGCAUCGUCGAGCACGGCGCAGGAGGGUGCACGGAGACCAGUAGCCGGCGGGAACGUGUACCAGCGGGCGCGGCAGGAGCACUACAAGCAACGGAACCGCUCUCUCCUCCUCUACUCGGCAGCGACCGUCCUCGUCGUCACAGCCGGAUCCUACCUCGCCGUACCCCUCUACCGCGUGUUCUGCUCGACGACGGGAUACGGAGGAACGCCCGACACCGACUCGUCCAAGUUCACGCCCGACAGGCUCAUCCCCCGAACGGAUCUCGACAGGCGGAUCAGGGUCACCUUCAAUGCGGAUGCGAGUGAUGCACUCCCUUGGUCGUUCGAGCCACAGCAGAAGGAGGUCAGGGUGCUGCCGGGAGAGACGGCGCUUGCGUUCUACACGGCUACGAACCACUCGAGCGAGGACAUCAUCGGAAUCGCCACCUACAACGUGACGCCGCAGAACAUCGCGCCGUACUUUGCCAAGGUCGAAUGCUUCUGCUUCGAAGAGCAGCGCCUCCUCGCUGGCGAGGAAGUCGACCUCCCCGUCUUCUUCUUCAUCGACCGCGACUUUGUCGACGACCCGCUCAUGAAGGACGUCCGCGAAGUCACGCUGAGCUACACCUUCUUCCGCGCACGACGAGACUCCUACGGCAACCUCGUACCCUCAGAAGGACCCUUAGCUGUACCCAACUCUGUCCCUGCCGUGUAG